CCACCAUCCCUUGACGAUAAGGCACUCAUUUGCGUUUGACCUGAGUUUCCGCCAUUGAUUCCAUUUCUUGGAUUUCCCGACCGCGUCCAUCAAUAGGUCCUGGGAUUCCCAUUAAUCGGAGCUUCCAAGGCUCGUCCCACACCGAACCGACAUGACCGCGGAGAAGGGGUGGGGGAACGAUGUCCCUUGGUGGGACGAGCGACCGAAUGGCACCCAGAUCACCCCCGCCGCUCGCCAUCUUCUGGAGACAUAUAGCGGCAUCCCCGCCGAGAAAAUCGAGGACCAUGUCAUCAGGAUACGUGACGAAGCCUGGAACAUAUUUCCAUACCCCUGCAUAGGGCAGUUCCGAUUCCUCGACUUGAGUCUGAAUCAGAUGAAAGAGUAUGCAGAGGUUUUGCAGCGUCUUCAAAAAGGGCAGCAGCUAUUGGAUAUGGCCUGCUGCUUUGGCCAGGAGAUUCGUCAAUUAGUUGCUGAUGGAGCCCCUUCGGAGAACAUUCACGGAUGCGACCUUCGCGAAGAGUACGUUGCGCUUGGCUACAAGUUGUUCGGGGACCACAACACUCUGCGAAGCAAGUUCCUGAAUGCUGACGUCUUUGAUGAGAAUUCAGCACUCAUGGAGCUAGAGGGCCAAUUUGACAUGGUUUAUGCAGGGUCCUUCUUCCAUCUUUGGGGAUACGAGGACCAGGUCAAGGCGUCAAAGGCUGUUGCCAGGCUACUGCGGCCGCAGAAAGGAUCCAUGAUUCUGGGUCGGCAGAUUGGCUCAGUGAUCGCUGCGGAGCACGACCACACCACCAAUCCUACAGGCAAGAUGUUCCUGCACAAUGCUGAAAGCUUGAAGAGGGUUUGGGAAGAGAUUGGAGACGACCUUGGCGUGGCAUUUUCGGUGGACGCCAACCUCCAGCAAUUGAGCGAAAACCACUCCAAGUUUCACACCGAUGACACGAGGCGGAUCUGGUUCGUCAUUCGGAGAGGGUAGCAAGACCCUCCGCGUUGCAUCUCGCUAUGUAUACGGCUUUCUGCGAGCCAGCAUCGGAUGUUGCACUCGCUCUCUGAAGGAAGCAACGGCAAUCUGUCGCAAGCGCUUCUGUGCGCAUGCGGACGUAAGCCCUAUACA